AAAACCCGUAGGAAAGCCCAAAAGACACGCCAACACGACGAUAGACGGAUAGAUUGCAAGAUACAUCGGAGAGAGAGAAAGAGGGCAGAAGAGGUGGUGGUGGCAGAGAAGAGAGAGGGGAGAGAGCAGCCAGCCUCUCCUCAUAGCUGAGAUAAUACUGUGGAGAAAGAAAGCAAAGCCCAGACAGACCCUAGCUUCAAACCCUAAUUCCCGAGCUCCUAUCCUCUUUCUCCCCCCCCGCCCCCUUUCUCUCUCAUCUGAUCUUGUUUUGACUUUCGCCCCCCUGUGAUGGACCGAUUCGAUAUUAUUCGCAAAGGUUUUGGUUGAUGGCAACACAGGGAUUCGGCUAUUUUCUUUCAGGGUGUUCUCUUCUUUGAAUGUAGUGUGUUUAUUUGCUUCAAUCACAGUCGAAGAAUGAGCUUAUCCAAGAAAGGGAUCCAAACGAACGACCCGAAGGUAGGGUCCCCUGGAAGAGUCACAACCUUGAAUCCAAAUGCUGCAGAGUUCAUUCCAUUUGCUCUUAGAUCGCCAUCUUCUGGGAGCACAAGCAACACAGAUGCAGCCCGUAGAUUUGCUUCUUCUGGGUCGUUUGGGAAAGCAAUUAUAAAUAGAUCGGAGUCAUCCAUUUCAAACAAUUCUGAUGAAGAAGCUCACCAAUUUUGGCGCCACCAGCUCCCUGAUGAUAUUACUCCCGACUUCAAGUUCGAGGAUGAUUCUCAAAGCAUUGGCGGCCUUUCUUUGGCGGGUCUUUCCUUACAUGAUGAAAGCGAAGCCGCAAGGUUCACUACUUCUACCGCCAAUGGUUAUGUCCUGAAUGAGAUUCGGGAAUUGUCUCCACAUGGCCUUAAUGAAACUAGCUUCACCACUGAAAAGCUGAGUUACUCUGGUUCCUUUGGAGAAGAUGCUUCUUCUGCAGGCUUUUUGCAUAUGGUUUCUAAACCUUGGGACAAGCAAGUAGGAAGCAAUCAUCAACUCAUUGGUGGGACCAGAGAGGGAGCUUCAUAUAAUGGAAAUUCUGUACACAGUGGCAAUGAUGUCUUGGGGGAGCACAUAAUUGUUGAUGCUACCAAGACGAACCCUAUUGAGUUUUUGGCAUCUAAUUUUCCUGGGUUUGCAGCUGAUAGUCUUGCCGAAGUUUAUUAUGCCAAUGGAUGUGAUCUGAACAUGACUAUUGAAAUGCUCACACAGUUAGAGCUUCAAAUAGAUGGUGCCUUCACCCCGAACGUGAGCACGAAGACUGUGUCAGCUCCUAAUCUAAAUGCAAUGGACUUUCCCGUACUCUCUGCACCGGAAACUCACAGUGGUCUUCAGAAAUACACAGGAGAUGAUCCCGAGCAGAGUGAAAACCCUUUUAGACCUACUGGCAAGGACAACUUACUGUUCUUCAAGUCCAGCUCCUCAGCUUCAUCAAGAGGCGCCCCCGAUUUUGCAUCAGCUGUUAAGAAAAUGCCCCCUCAGGAUUCAGGUAUUUGGAAGUAUGAUAGAAAUAGUUCGAGCAAUUCCACUAUUGGGUCAAGUAGAAGUUCCCAGAUACUUGCUAGUGCUUACAGUAGCAGUGGCGGCAGUGGAAGGGCUAUGUACAGUGAUAGGCUGCAGGGUCGAGCUUCUUCUCGGGUACCUCCUAUGUGGCUUGAGACUGGAGAGGCCGUGGCAAAUCUCUAUUCUGAUCUGCGGGAAGAAGCUCGUGAUCACGCGCGCUUAAGGAAUGCUUACUUUGAACAGGCUCGACAAGCAUACCUGGUUGGUAACAAGGCACUUGCGAAAGAACUCAGCGUGAAAGGCCAGUUGCAUAAUAUGCACAUGAAGGCUGCUCAUGGAAAAGCUCAUGAGUCGAUUUACCGUCAGAGGAACCCGGUCCCACUGGAGAUGCAGGGUGGAGACGGGAGGGGGCAACAGGAGAGAAUGAUAGACCUACAUGGGCUCCACGUAAGUGAGGCUGUCCACGUGCUGAAGCAUGAGCUAGCAGUCCUGAGAAGUGCCGCCCGGGCAGCAGAACAGCGCCUGCAGGUCUACAUAUGUGUGGGGACAGGCCACCACACCCGUGGGUCCCGCACUCCUGCGAGACUCCCGGUUGCCGUGCAGCGGUAUCUGCUCGAGGAAGAAGGCCUUGAUUUCUCUGAGCCUCAGCCUGGACUCCUCAGGGUUGUGGUUUAUUGACCCCCGAACUCAUGCUUGCGUUCUAGGAAGUAAGGAAAUUUUCUUUUUUCCUUUUUCGUUGACAUAGUCGUCGUCGUCGUCAUCAUCAUCACCAGCAUCACCAGCAUCACCAUCACAAUGUUAAUCAUAAUCAUUCUUGUGUACCUGUAUAUGAGGAGAGAUGGAAAGGACCACAGAAGAAAUAGAGAAAAAAAGACAAAAAGCUGGGAAAAGAAAAUGGAGAAACUGAGGAGUUAGGAGGAAAGAAAACUGUGUAUCAUGAUGUGGUUAGGGAAGGUUAUAUUUUGGGUUAGAGUGCAGGUUUGGAGGGGGCUUAGAUCAUGUGUGAUCUCUAUUAGAACUUCUGCCUCUUUUUCUUUCGUUAUUUUUUUCUCCUCUUCCUUUUUAGGGCUUCGCCCCCCUUUUUGUUCUGUUUUUGUCAAUUUUAUGUAACAUAAUCUGUAUCUCUUUGUUAAAUUGCUUCACUUCAAUUCCAGAUGUAAAACUAUAGUGGUUGAUGUUACAAAGAUAGUCCCAACUUUUAUUGCACUGUUCUGCCACUCCAGCCAUGUGGAUCUGGAAGGUUCUGCCAAGCAUGUAAUAAAUCUAUGUUGUUACUGUA